GAGAGAGAGCGCAGUGCCUGAGGAACACUCAAACAGAACAAAUGAGCAGCCGCAGCUCGACUCCCGCAAGAGACGCUGAUAUCGGCACGCUGGAGAGAGCUGCUUCACCAGGAGUCAGAUUACAGUCGGAGAGGAUCACCGGGCUCUGAGGCACAGCUGAGGACAGAGGUGCAAGACCAAGACUGAGAGUUUCUCUGAAGUGGGAUCUCAGUUCACACACACAGAGAGGGACAGAAAACUAGCGAGGUGUUGUUGCAGUCCUCGUGGUCUUGGUUCCCCACAUGCACAGAUGAGAUCAUGGAUUCACUCUUGAUGGCAGUGGUGCACGGGGACGCCACAGAUCUGGACGUGUGACAACCAUGGAAAGCAUGUUUAUUGGUAACGCGUGUCAGAGCAGACUGGUGCCAGCGCUGGUUCGAGCUCCUCUGCCCACUGUGCCGCCCUCCCUGGGCAUGAAGCACUUCCUUCCCUUCCCUCUGGACAGCGGCUCCACGCUCAGCCUCAUUCCCAGCUUCAGCAGCAUGGACCCCGUUCAGAAAGCUGUUUUGCAUCACACGCUCAGCGCUCCAGCCUCCUCUAAAAGAAAAGCUGUCUCAUGCGGCGUGUGCCAGCUGAGGUUUAACUCACAGAGCCAGGCAUUGGCCCACUACAAAGGCACCAAACAUGCCAAGAAGCUGAAAUGCUUGGAUGCUCCGAAAUGCCUCAAACACAAGAGUUCCCUGGUCACCAAGGAAAAUACCAACAAGGAGCCGCCUAAGGGCCUCUCUCCCGCUACAGCAGCCAGCAUCACUGACAGACAAGGUGGGAGUCAUGGAGCGCCUGUGACCCCUUCAUCACCCUCUUCUGCCCCAGUGUCCGGCUCCGGGGUGGAGCCCACAGAGCCAGAGUCUACCUCAGUGUCAGGAGGAGAGGACGGCCGCUCCAUCACGCCCAACCCUCCUGAACCAGAAGAGAUCGACCCCGCAGUCAGUCCAGAGACGGAGGAUGAGAAAGCGCUGCGUCUGCUCUACUGCUCCCUCUGUAAGGUGGCCGUCAACUCUGCGUCACAGCUGGAAGCACAUAAUACCGGCACCAAACACAAAACCAUGCUGGAGGCUCGGAGUGGGAACGGCUCCAUCAAAUCCUUCCCCAGGCCCGGGGUGAAGAGCAAGCUGACUGCACCCACUAAAGCAGACACGGGCCUGCAGAACAAGACAUUCCACUGUGAAACCUGCGACGUGCACGUCAAUUCAGAGACGCAGCUCAAGCAGCAUAUCAGCAGCAGACGCCAUAAAGACAGAGCUGCAGGGAAACCAGCCAAACCCAAGUACAGUCCUUACACCAAAACCCAAAGAGGAGCCACCAAACAGACAGUGAAGAUGCCAGUCGGUAAAGACCUGUGUCCACCGCAGACAACCAGGAUAAUGCCGUCCCACCUGGCAGCUGUUGCCGCUGCCAUUAGCUCCGCCUUCCCUCUGCGUGCCUGUCAUAACCCCGCCCUCUUUCAGACACAGUCCCUCCCCACCGCGCUGCUCCGCCCUGCACCGGGGCCAAUCAGGACUGCUCACACGCAUGUACUGUUUGCCCCCUAUUGACCUGUGAACUAUGACCUCUGACGGAUCGGACCAUUAACCCCUCCAUCACCUCACACUGGGCACGCAGCCCGGAACAAAUGAGCGAUACUGCAAUAAUUUAAAAACGAAACACGAACCAGGUAACUAUGCAUCGUCCUUUACAUGUGACACACUGAUGUUAAGCUAUAAAUGUAUCAGUGGAGAUUUGAUUUUUGUUUUUUUUAUGUACGGAAACCAUGAUUCAUCAUCAUCAUCAUCAUCACUUAGAGUACAAGACUGAUUUGUAUAUUUAAGGUGAGUUUGGGAACACAGAGAUGUUAAUAAUGGAGAAAAUGGAAAGUUGUAUUUCUCUACUGGUUUGCACUUUAAGUCUUUCUGUUGUUGAUUUCUAGACGACUAGAUCCCUUCCUGUUUUCAGCUGUUGGUGUAACCAGGUCAGCAGAGCUUCAUUUGUCAAUGGACCUGCUUCACAUUUCUGUGGUUCUCAGAAGCUGAAUUCAUCAUAAACUUCUAUAGUCGUGAAUGGAAACUACAACAAAUAAAAUUUUUCAGUAGAAGAAACAAAUCCAGUGUAGCAUUUCUAUGACUACACAAAAGAGGAAUAAAUAUCCAUCAACAUAAUCUUAUAUAAAAAAAUUCAUAUAGCAGAUAUGUACGUAAUCAAUUAUGUUGGUCAUAAGAGAGAAAUUUCGAAUUUGCCACCACUCCCUCAAAAAAUUUAUUUGAAACUAUUUUCACUCUGAAAUUGCUAUUUUAUUUUACAAAAUUAAGAAUUUAACGAUUAUUAAUCAUUCAUUAAUUUGACAAAAAUAAUAGUAAUAGUUGUCUAUUUCUAAUAAAUUAAUUAAUUAAUUAAACAAAUUGCCAUAACUUCUUACAAAAAAAAUUACUUUGUAACAGUUUUCACUCAGAAAUUGCUAGUAAAUUUCACAAAUAAAGAAACGCCAAUUAACACAUUGAAUUAAAUGCGAAAUUUUCAAAUAGAAACACUGAAAAACUUUAAUGCAGAGGUAAGAAAACACACAAAAAUACAGUGUUAUGAAUCUCCAUGAAAAUAUUAAAAACUUUGCUAGAUUCACAGUGUUAAUUGUGGAAAUGCAUUAAGACCUCAUGGAAUAAGUUAAGAAAUUUUAUAUGGUAACAUCUUAAGAAGUUUCAGCUAAUAACUUGAGCUAUAAAUGUCAUGUGACUGAUAACACUCGAGCAGGAAAAUUGUCAAGUUAAUUCUGAUUGGCUGCUGACCUCAGAGACAGACUCACAUUUAAAAUCCAAUUCCAGAUCCAGAUCCAGCUUUUCUGAUGCAAAUUAAGCCCUGUUGUACCUGUGUUUGUGUGUGUGUGUGUUUACAGCAGAACUUGGGGGAAGAUAAGUGGGUGAUUUCCAAAAUAAAAUGCUGCUGAUUCAUGUCAAAGCAAGGUUAAAAAAUAUAGUUGGAUGUUUGCUAAACAGAUGAAUAUGUAAAUGUGCAGGAGUGUGUUUGAGUGUGUGUGUCGGGGGGAGGCGGGUGGGGGAUCGGUGGUGGUGUUGAGUUAGCGGGCUUUUCACCUGAAGUCAUCUCUAGAAACAUUUCAUGAAUGUUACAUGAGCUACUGGGGCCACAAAGCUUGUAUCUUCUUGCAAUGUGAAAACCGAUAAACAUUUUCAAAUAAAGAA